AAAAGAUUUAAAAUUCAAACCAGUCUAAUCAAUUUCGCUUUCCUUUUCCAGAUAAAGAAAAAACAAGAAAUUAGAAAUUGCCCUAAUUCCCAUUUUGAAUUCACACUCACUGGCAGUACAAACUUCAUCAGUUAAAACCCUAACCAGAAUUCCACAUUGCUUCCAGUUAUCGACAAUGUUUUCAAUUGCGGCGAUCAAUGAUACGGAUUCCAAAGGCCAGUGGGAACCCUUAGCUCCCACCAAAGAAGCCCAGGAAUUUCAUCUUUCACAAACUUAUCAUGAGGGACUGCUUAAAUUGCAAGCUAAAGAGUACGAAAAAGCUCGAGAGCUGUUAGAAUCUGUCUUGAAAGAUCCUCUUAUAGCAGAUGCCCAGGUUGAUGGGAAUGCUAGUGAUGGACAUCUAUUGCAACUCAGAUUUUUGGCACUGAAGAACCUUGCCUCUGUUUUUCUUCAACAAGGUUCAUCGCAUUAUGAAAAUGCUUUACACUGUUACCUUCAAGCUGUAGAGAUUGAUACCAAAGAUUCUGUUGUCUGGAACCAGCUGGGAACGUUAUCAUGCUCAAUGGGAUUGUUGAGUAUUUCACGCUGGGCAUUUGAGCAAGGGCUUUUGUGUAGUCCUAAUAAUUGGAACUGUAUGGAGAAAUUACUGGAAGUCCUUAUUGCUAUUGGUGAUGAAGUUGCAUGUCUUUCUGUCGCAGAAUUGAUUUUGAGGCAUUGGCCAUCACAUUCUCGUGCUUUGCAUGUGAAGAGAACCAUCGAAGAUUCAGAACUGGUUCCAUAUGCUCCUAGAGGUAUAGAUAAGUUGGAGCCCAAACAUGUCCGGCUUAAAUUCCUUGGUAAGAGAAAAGCAGCUGAUGAGAAUCUUGAUGAGGGUAUUGCAUGUAAAAAGCUGAAACAGGACUUAGAAAUACAAAUGACAGAAGCUUCCUGGGUAGGGCUUGCUGAUGUACUCUUGGAUGUCUUACUUCCACUGAAUUGUUGUGAUGUUGAGAAGGGUCGGGAAAAAGCAUACAGAUCUGGGGACGUCAGGCUAAUUAUUCACCUACCUUCUGGUUCAGAAAAUACUACUGGGUCUCGGUAUGAGGAAAGGAAAGGACUUAACCUAACCCCAAUCGCUAAAACUACAUCACUAGGUGAUUCUAAUGCUGAAAUAGUAGGUGCUGUUAAAGAAACAUACACAAAUGUUAUGGAAGAACAACCACAGGAAAGGAGGAGUAAUCGCCUUAAGAAUCGGAAACCAGGGAAAGAAGAUCUAGACUUUGUUAAUGAUAAGGACCAGGCCAAGGUUGUAAUUCAAUAUCUAGAAGCUUUUAUUGCUUGUGAACCAGGGAAAAAGGACACUGUAAAUUCUACUAACUGCUCCAUAUCAUGUCGUGAUCAAGUUAACCCAUGUGAUAUCGAACAGAGUGAUGUUUACCAAUUUCUUACAAAGACCUCAAACAAUUUUGGUGCUUAUCAUAUGGGUCACUUACUUUUAGAACACUUGGCAAGUAAGGGUCUCAUGUAUCAAAACACAUUUGUCAAAUUCCUGGAUUUGGAGAAGAUGACAAGACAUUGGGGAAAGGAGAGGACCCCUGAGUGUAAUCUUUUUCUCUCUGAGCUUUAUUAUGAUCUCGGAUCUUCUUUUUCUGAUGCUUCCAGAGUAUCAGAAUUCAUGUCGGACGCGUCCUAUCAUGUUUGUAAGAUUAUUGAAUCUGUAGCUUUGGAUUAUCCUUAUCACUCGAGUUCUAACUUGGAGGAUGAAGGAAGCUCUAGGCUCCUAGGAUCCCAAGGCAGUGGUGGCUCUAUGUCCCCUAAUUUACCAGCAAACAGUUUGUCUCUAAUAAAUAACAGCUCUUUCUGGGUCCGGUUCUUUUGGUUAAGUGGACGGUUGUCUAUUUUCGAUGGUAACAAGGAAAAAGCCCAUGAUGAAUUUAGUACUUCUUUGUCACUUUUGGCAAAGAUGAAGAGUACAAAUGGUUCUGAAUGUUUUGUAUGCCUCCCACACUGCAAAGUUGUCAAAGAGAUUACUAUGGAUGGUGUCCUCCAUCAAAUUAAUAUUUUGAAGGUUGAUUUCUUGAUGCAGAAGACUUUGGUUGAGAUGAUUGAGAAAGAAAUGUAUGUGGAGUGCGUGGCCUUGCUUGCCCCACUCCUAGUCUCUACAAAAGAUGUCCAUCUUGAUAGACUACCUUUACCCUCCACGGAUAAAGAAGGUGAAGAAAUUACCUCUCUUGAACUAUCAGCUCUUGACAUUUUACUAAAAGCAUGUGAAAAGACAAACCCAAUGGACAUUGAGGUGUAUUUGAACUGCCAUCGGCGAAAGCUGCAAAUACUUGUGGCACUAACUGGAAUUGAUGAAUCUCUUGCUUAUAGUAAAUCCUUUGAUCCGAAGUCCGGAACAAAAGCACUUUCUUCUUCUGAGAUAGAAGUUAAAGAAUGUUCAGGAAAGCGCUUCAAUUUCUUGGUAUUUGAGGAAGUAAAGGCAAUAUCUCAAUGCGUCUCACAAAUUAAGAACUUUGUUGAUUCAUCCGGAGAUUCUGAUGGAACUGCUGUUUCGGGAGGAAUCCUUAAUGAUAUUCAGUCAUUGCUGUUGACGGUUAUGUGCAAUGUUGCUGGUAUAUUCCUCUGUAAGAAAUCUUCUGGGCAAGUAAUUGCUGAUCAAACUGAAAGAAAUUGUUUUGUUGAAGCAGCUAUUGCUUUCUGCAAGCUUCAACACCUCAACCUUAUGGUUCCUGUUAAAACUCAAGUUGACUUAAUUGUUGCAAUGCAUGAUCUACUUGCUGAAUAUGGGCUCUGCUGCGCGGGAGAAGAUGGCUCAGGGGAGGAAGGAAUAUUUCUCAAAUUUGCAAUUAAGCAUCUUUUGGCCUUGGAUAUGAAGGUUAAAUCUAACAAGGAAACAACCUACUGUGAUGAGCAACCUAGCCUCGAUACUUGUUCAAAGAUGCCUGUAAAUGAAGCAAAAUUGGAGUCACUAUAUGUUGAAAUGGUCAAGGAUGGAAAAGAUGAAACUGGUGCUGUGGAGAAGGAUGCUUGUGAAGGGGUGCCUUCCCAAAGCGUUUCAUCUCAUAAAGCUCCAGAUAAAGACGUGGGAGUCGUUGGUGGAAACCAAGACUGUAAUAGGUCCAGUGAUAAAUCUAAAAGUGGGGAACAAACAAGAGAUCAAUUGAUUGAAGGCGUACAUGAACUCACUGAAGAUGAAAAGGAGGAACUUGAAUCAAAAAUUGAUGCAGCUUUGGAUCAGUGUUUUUUCUGCUUAUAUGGCCUGAACAUUAGAUCUGACACAUCCUAUGAAGAUGAUCUAGCCACGCACAAAAAUACUAGCCGCGGAGAUUAUCAGACCAAGGAACAGUGUGCAGAUGUCUUUCAGUACAUACUCCCCUAUGCAAAGGCUUCUUCCAGAACCGGAUUGGUAAAACUUCGCAGAGUACUGAGAGCCAUUCGUAAACAUUUUCCACAACCACCAGAAGACGUUCUGGCUGGAAAUGCAUUGGAUAAAUUCUUAAAUGAUCCCGACUUAUGUGAAGAUAAACUCUCAGAGGAGGCUGGUUCUGAUGGGUUUCUCGAAACCAUGACAAAGACAAUACUUCCCCAUUUGGGAAGCUUCAAGAAGCAUAAGAUGUCAUUGGUUGGAAGCUCUGAGCCAUAUCUGGAGGUUUACAGUAACUUGUAUUAUUUCCUUGCCCUGUCUGAGGAAAUGAGUGCAACAGAUAAGUGGCCUGGCUUUGUACUCACCAAGGAAGGGGAAGAAUUUGUACAGCAUAAUGCGAACCUCUUCAAAUAUGAUUUGUUGUAUAACCCUCUAAGAUUUGAAAGUUGGGAACGACUUGCAAAUAUAUAUGAUGAGGAGGUAGAUUUGUUGCUAAAUGAUGGAAGUAAACACAUCAAUGUAGCGGGAUGGAGGCAGAACGCUACGUUGCCUCGGAGGGUUGAGACAAGUCGAAGGAGGAGUAGGCGCUGUCUGCUAAUGAGUCUGGCUUUGGCAAAGACAUCAGCCCAACAGUGUGAGAAACAUGAGUUAUUGGCGUUGGUAUACUAUGAUAGCCUGCAGAAUGUGGCACCAUUUUAUGAUCAGAGAUCUGUUGUACCUGUAAAGGAUGCAGCGUGGAUAAUGUUUUGUGAGAACUCAAUGAGACAUUUUAAGAAAGCCUUUGCCCACAAGCAAGAUUGGUCCCAUGCGUACUAUAUUGGGAAACUCAGUGAAAAGCUUGGAUUCUCUAGUGAGAUUUCACUAUCAUAUUAUGAUAAAGCUAUUGCUUUGAAUCCAACAGCUGUAGAUCCUGUGUACAGAAUGCAUGCUUCACGUUUAAAGUUACUAUGUCGAUGUGGAAAACAGAAUCUAGAGGCUUUAAAGGUUAUUUCAACGUAUGCCUUUAGCCAAUCAAAAAGGGAUGCUGUCACAUCUAUCUUAGAUAAAAUCUAUGCUGAAAAUUCCCAAAAGGAUAGAAGCACACAAGAAGAGACUGAAGAGAUGAAGCGUGUUAAACGGGAGGUCUGGAACAUUCUCUACAGUGAUUGUCUUUCUGCCCUUGAGACCUGUGUCGAAGGGGAUCUCAAACAUUUUCAUAAAGCUAGAUAUAUGCAUGCUCAAGGUCUAUAUAAACGGGGUGAUACUGGUUAUCUGGAGAGGGCGAAGGAUGAACUCUCUUUUUGCUUUAAAUCAUCUCGAUCAUCUUUUACAAUAAAUAUGUGGGAGAUUGAUAGCAUGGUCAAGAAAGGAAGACGCAAAACUCCCGGUUUAUCUGGAAGCAAGAAGGUCCUUGAAGUUAAUUUACCUGAAAUUUCUAGAAAAUUUAUCACUUGCAUUCGCAAGUACCUACUGUUCUAUUUGAGACUGUUAGAGGAGAUCGGAGACAUCUGUACACUUGAACGUGCUUAUAUAUCUCUUCGAGCGGAUAAAAGGUUCUCUUUAUGCAUCGAAGAUCUUGUUCCAGUAGCACUCGGAAGAUACAUUAAGGCCCUUGUUUCAUCCAUGCUUCAAGCUAAGAAGGUUGGCUCUGGUGCUCUAAGCAAUUCUGAGCAUGUACUGGAGAAAUUGUUUGCUUUGUUCAUCGAACAGGGAAACUUAUGGCCGGAGUUAUGUGCCUUGCCUGAGAUUAAGGGUCCAGAAACAUCAGACAGCAGCUUAUAUGGAUAUCUCCAUGAGCACAUCACUACAUUGGAGAGAAAUGGCAAACUGGAAACGCUUGAAGCAAUAAAUGAGAAGAUUCGUAAGCGUUUUAAGAAUCCAAAAUUGUCAAACAGUAACUGUGCUAAGGUUUGCAGGCAUGCUUCAGUUGCAUGGUGUCGAUCUCUUAUAAUCAGCCUUGGACAGAUCACGCCAACCCCAGCUCUAUCCUCCAGUGAGACUCAAGUUCUUUGUCAAUCAGAUAGUGGGUUGGAAAACCCACUGCUUUGUGUUGAUUUGCAAACAGAUGAAUUAUGGAGUUCAGCAUUUGAGGACCCAAUUCAAUUGAAAACUCUUGAAAUAAAAUGGAGGCCAAUAUUGUCUAAGAUCAAAUAUGUGAUGAUUAUGAAAGCUUCAGAUGAAAAUUUGGAGAUUGCCAGUGCUUUGCUUAGAUCUGCUUAUAACUUUUAUCGCGAGAGCUCUUGUGUAAUGCCCCCAUCUGGUAUCAACCUUUAUUUGGUUCCAUCUUGGUUAGCAAUGGAGAAACAAUUUCAACCAAACAUAAAUGGGGUUGAAACUCUUGAUCUCAGCGUUCCAAGGAAGCUUAUAUUGUGGGCCUACACACUAUUGCAUGGACGCUAUGCGAACAUCUCAAUUGUUGUAAAGUAUUGUGAAGAAAAUGCAAAGUCAAAGCUGAAAAAAGGAGCUGGAAUUACAUCUGCUUCCUCGCAUACAAACACAUCCUCGGCCACUGCCCAGACAGGUGGUGUGAGAGAUGGAGCUGGCUGUGGGAUAGGUAGUGAUGCUGAGGCUGCUCCACUGACCACAGUAGCGAGUGCUUCAGUGCCUGAGGGCAAUGCCACUGAUUCUGCAAAUCCGCCGCCUUCUUCGGCCGAGAGUCAAAAGGGUUUAUUCUCUGCUCCACAACUUCACCAUUGUAACAACUCCAUUGUAGAGAGGAGUCACGAAGGAGAUCAUCCCGGUAGAGGCUGAUUAUAUAUUAUAGGCAAGCUGCAUUCAACUGUACAUAUUGUUUAAAAAUUUGUUUAGAGGCACGUUAGGCGAAGGAAUGUUAUGACAACAAUUUUGUUGUUCACAUUCCCCUUGCUUUUGUAAAAAAUGGAAUAGCCAACUAUAUAUUUAUGGAAAUUAUUUUCUCUGAAAAAUAUGCAGAUGGAAUUAAUUUUUUUCUUCA